AUGUUUCUCCAAAAAGAGGUCUAUCGCCUCGGGUCAGAACCUGGACUCCGAUCCCUUCCUCCUGGCCCGGAACGCGAUUUCCUCACCCUCACCUGGGGUCCCAUCGUGUAUCGCACGACAUAUGCGCCAGACUCACAGCGGCUGAUACCAAUAUUCCUCCGAGCACUCAACGAAGAAAUUCAGAAAGCCCUCUCGAGAUGUCUACCAGGAAGCCCGGAACAGAUCCGUCUCCUCGAAACAACAUACGCCUCGAAAGUGUUCAACUCUCAGGAGGAAUACCACGGCGUUGAUGAGGAGACUGUCCAGGAAGCCUUUCAUGAUUGGAAGGUAGCUCUAGCGUUGCCAGCGAUAGAACUCCCUGUCCGAUUGCGGAUGUGCUUGAUGAUAGAUGAUGGAGUGCUGUCGCAUCUCGCAACGACCGUAGAUAUGUCGUCCAUGGUGGAGAAGGACGCGGACUACUCCAGUUGCCCGGUCAAGGUCAUAGAGGAGAACUUUCCUGAUUUACACCGUCGUGACUCGAAGCCAGCAAAAGAAGAUUAUCCUGGCUGGACAAAAGUGGCAUUGUCGGCACUCGUGGAGGUAUAUGACGGUCUGCGACGGGGAAGAAGUCUGGCAGACUAUCAUAAAUCUGGUCAGGUCUACUUGGGUAACGGUAACUGGAGUUAG